AUGGCGCUGGAGUCCGUCGGCCGGCGUCUUCUGAAGCAUCGCGACUCCGAGGCCAAAUCGCUGCAGCAACGCUCGGUCAACGACCACUUGGUGGCUUCCCUGUUUUCUCUAGUCACUGCUGCCGACGAGCUUUUCUCGAUAUGCCCGAGCUCCAACGUUUCCCUUGCAGGAUCCGCUCGUUUGGUGGCAUCGCUGCUCCCUGAGCUGCCCUCCGCCGAGGGUGCCAAGAAGCCCAAGGGACGCACUGACACCGACUAUGCUGCCGCAGCACGCCGCGCUGUCCUGGCCGGACUCUGGGAGCGUGCGCAGCCGGGGCUGCCGCAGCAGCUACUGGGCUCAUUCUCCCUGCAGCGCUGCGUCUCGCUACGGCGUCUGCUGUGCCGCAAAGAGGACUACAAGAACUGCUUGGCAAGCUGCCCUUGGUGGCUCACUGGAAUGGGAGGGGAAUGUGUAACCGUGCGAGUACAGCCCAAUACAGCCCACGUCACCUUGAUCAUCGCAUGCAACCAGAGUCCAGAGUGUGCCCGGUUGUUACAGAGCCCCUCUGCCGAGCCUGCGCUGCUUCGCUUGGACCUGAAUGGGGUGCUCGGCCAUCCAGGCAAGGUGAAGAUGACCACAUCACCGAACCCGUUGUCAUGCAAAGAGAUCGAGCAUGAAAAGAGCUUUGAGCAUGCACAAGACUGCAAAGAUGCCGUACUCAAGGGCAAGCCCCUGCUCGAGGCCCUGCAAGCGCUUCGCCAGGCGGCCCCGCAAGCGCAGGAGACUCCAAGAGGCUCGCCGACGCCUCGUGCAUCCUUCAGCGUCCUGUACUCACUCCCGAACUCGAGGUCUGUGUCAAAGAGUUCGAGAAGCAAGUCGAGCCGUGCGCAUUCGAAGACGCUAUCCUCCGUUGCCAGGGGAGUGGUGACGAUGGGCGCCUUUGCACGGGCUUUGCACGAGGAGGUAGACAAGCUGGACGAGCGGCCAGUUUCAGCGGCGUCCGCCGUGCGCUGGAAUUCCACGGCACAGGAGGCCCAGGCCCUUCGUGCAGCAGGUGCUGCCCAUGCUCAGUCGAGUGAGUUGCUGCAGCAGCUCUUUUGUUCCAAAGGCCACUGGGAGAAGUGCAAUGCGAAGACGACAUUUCUUGCCCGUUUUUGCUACUUCCAGGAAGCUUUUCGAAGCCUGCUGGAGCAGGUCAUGGAGGAGCAAGAAUCCUCGCAGGGUGCUGAAGUCGAAGGCGCGGAGUCACAGUCCAAGGAUGCCACGGCUUUCGUGCUGGCGGACCUGCUCCGCAUUUCCCGCUUCGAUUUGUUUGGGGUCGACGAGAAAUACUUGGAGAACCUCCUCAACGACAGCUCCCACGACAAGAAGCAAACUGGCCAGAGUCAGCGGAUGAUGGUCCAACGUCAAUCAAGCGCGAGAACAUUGAAUGGCGAGGCAGAGGAAGGUGCCGCUGAGGGUGGUGCCGACACUCCCGGCGUCUUGGCGAUCCUGUUCCAAUGCCUCGCCAUGGGAGGGCCUGCACCGAGCGCUGUCUCUGUAAGCGUGGAUGGCAUCUCGCUUGGCUUCCUCGCAGACCGUUUUGAGGAUUCCGUCGCCAGUGAUGCUGCAGCUUGGGCACGCUGGGCUGAUGCCGUG